AUGGAUGAUGUUGAUUUAAAUGUUACUUAUAUAAUUCUUGAUGGGUACGUAGAAAUUGACAAAUACAGAUAUUUAUACUUUUUAAUUAUGUUUACACUAUAUAUUCUAAUAAUCUGCAGCAAUUCUACUAUUGUGUACCUUAUCUGGAUACAUAAAAACCUCCAUGAGCCUAUGUACAUUUUCAUUGCAGCUUUGCUACUGAACUGUGUUCUUUACAGCACUUCUAUUUAUCCAAAGCUCCUGAUCGACUUUUUAUCUGAAAAACAGAUUAUCUCAUAUUCUGCCUGCCUCUUUCAGUUUUUUCUGUUUUACUUUUUUGGGAGUGCAGAAUUCCUUCUCUUGUCAGUUAUGUCCUACGAUAGAUAUGUGUCUAUAUGUAAACCUCUGCAAUACCCAAAUAUUAUGACAAGAACCAAUGUGAGUAUGUUUCUGGUUAUAGCUUGGCUUAUACCUGCUGGACACAUGGCUGUUCCUGCAAUACUGAGCGCACAAGCAAAACUGUGUGACUUCACUUUCAAAGGCAUAUUUUGUAACAACGCAAUUUAUGAUCUGCAUUGUGUAAAAUCAAGAUCUGUUACUAUGUUUGGUGCAGUCAUUUUAUUAGAUCUUGUAGGAUUUCCUUUUCUCUUCAUAGUUUUUACAUACACCAGGAUACUUAUAAUAACCUACCGAUGUUCUAGAGAAGUCAGGAAGAAAGCUGCAGAGACCUGUUUACCACACUUGUUUGUCUUGAUUGUUUUCUCCAUUUUGAGUGGAUACGAGGGAAUUAUAGUACGGGUGGAAUCUGAUUUCUCAAAGACUGAACGUUUCCUAAUGACGUUACAAAUAAUUCUGUAUCACCCUCUGUUUAAUCCAUUUAUAUAUGGACUCAAAAUGAAGGAAAUAUUUAAACACUUAAAACGAUUGUUAUGUCCAGCCAAAUUCAUCUGA